AUGUCGAUGCCACUCCCAGUCGAUGAAAGUAUCGCGCCGCAGGAUCGCCACCGAGGGCAUUGCCACAUGUGGUGUCUUCCUUACGGUAAUGGACCCAUAGGAAUAACAAAUGACGUUAUUCCAAAAACCGACAAAUCUAUUGAUGAUGCAAACUAA